CUCCAGAUGACCUUACAACACCAUUGGAAUGAACUCAAUUCAGUGAGUAGAACUGCCAAGGGCAAAAAGGUGCAUGUUGUGUUAGACUAUCUACUCCCCAAUUGAUGAUGACACUUCCAACAAACUCCACCGAUGACGCCCUCACUCAGUGCUUCGUCAAUGACCAGAUGAGGCCUUUUAGCGUGCUCUACAUCCUGUUCUUUCUGACCAGCAUGGCUGCCAACCUGGUGGCUCUGUGGGCAUUCGUACUCAGCUAUAACACCAAGAAGAGCAUCAAUGUCUACCUGGUCAAUCUCCUGACCGCUGACCUCCUGCUCACCCUGGCCCUGCCCUUCAAGGUGGCCAAAGACAUGGGCGUGGCGCCCUGGGGCCUCAUGGUCUUCCACUGCCAGGUGAGCAGCGUGGUAAUCUACAUCAGCAUGUAUGCCUCCAUCCUCUUCCUCACCUUCAUCAGCGUUGACUGCUACUUGCAGAUCAGCCAGAGCUCCAGACUGUUCCGUCUCCAGGAAGUGGGCUUCGCCAGGCUGAUGUCAGUGGUGGUGUGGCUACUUGUGCUCCUCAUCAUGGUGCCCAACAUGGCCCUGCCCAUUCAGGACGUCCCAGAGAGGGAGUUCCUGAGCUGCUCCAAGCUGAAGCAGGAGGUGGGACUCCACUGGCACGGCUUCACCGUCUUCCUCUGCACCAUCAUCUUCCUCAAUGCGUCCAUGGCUGUCCUCGUCUCCAACGGCCUGGUGCUGAAGAGGCUGCUUGUGAGCAGGAAGGACCCUGAAGAGCGCCGCAGCGCUCGCCGCGCCACCGUCGAUGUUGCGGCGGUGACGGUGGCGUACGUGGUGUGCUUCGUGCCAUACCACGUGGUCCGGACGCCCUAUACGCUAGCCCAGACCCAGGUCAUCACUCCAGACUGCCAAACCAAGAGACACCUCUUCCUGGCCAAGGAGUCCACGUUACUGCUGGUGGUGCUGCACCUCUGCCUGGACCCUGUGUUCUACUACUACUUCUCCAAGGCAUUCAGACAGAGGGUCAGGGAGGUGUUCAGGAGCAGGAGGAGCAGGCGGUCUUCGAACACCAACCCAACCCCUGACCCUGCAGCUGAAGACUUGAAGCUGCAGCCAAUAACUGCCAAGGAGUAGGAGAGGGGGUGACAGAGAUAAAUAAACAGAGAGACUGGGAGAGAGAGACACAGAGACUGGA